UAAGUUUAAUUCUUUAAAACUCCUUUAAACCUAAUUUAUCAAUAAAAAGCUAUUAUACGUAUGUCAGUUUUCCUUGGGAAAAGAUGAUUAUUUGUAUAAAAUUUUAUUGAUUAUCCACCACCAAACGUUGUACGUUCGGAUAUAACUUUACCUUACUACUAUUUAUUUUACACGAUUUUGAACAAUAAUGGAAGUUGGUGCAGUUAAACAGGCCUUCAAUAAUGAGAUAAUCCAAAUGAAAAGAAAUUUAAACCAAGCGAAAAUACAAAUAAUACACAAGCUUACACGUAAAGCAAAAACAUUAACAGAAAAGAAAGCACCUGAAGCUUUAAAAGAAAAGCUAAAGAAGAAAGCCGAAUCUGCUGUUAAAGAAGUUUUGAUUAUUAAGAAAUUAAAAGCAAAAGAUAUUGCUAAAUUCAUAGUCACUUAUGACGGAGAGCUUACAAAGUAUUUAAAUAAACCAGAAGUAGAUCAUAAUAAGGCAUGUGCUAGAUUAUUACUGCACAAAAGUUUGCAGCAAAAGCAUAAAUAUAUAAGAGAAACAUUUGGUAAUACCUCAAUAAAUGAUCUAUUCAUGUCAAGGUUAGAAAGAAGAAAGAUGAAGAAAGAAGCUAGAGAAAAGCAGAAAAAUAAGAAGAAAGAAAAAGAAGCAAAGAAAUUAGUGAAUAUUGAAGGCGAUUGGGAUGUAGAAGAAAUAGUAAAUAAAGGUACUGAUGCUUUUAAAGCAAACAUACACAGUAAUGAACCAGCUAUGGAUGAAGGGCAAAGUGACAAAGGACAAGAAAGUGACAAUGGACAAGACAGUGAUGAUGAUCCAAAUAUUGAAACACCUGGCAGUUAUGACGGACGGACAUCAGAUAGUGGUGAUGAAGCAUUAGCUAGUGAUUCUGAACAAGUAGAUAAUGUUAUAAAUAACUCUCAAGUAGCUAAAGACUCGGAGAAUUCUGACUCAGAAGUUAAAGAAAGUAAAGUUAAUAAAAAUAAGAAAAAAGAUAUUUCAAAAUUACAUGAUAAUAAACUUGUAGAAAAACGUAAAAUUUUGUCCAAAGAAGCAAAUAAAAAGAAAAAAGAUAUUAAUAAGAAUAAAAAUUUCAAUGAAAAAAUAUUAAAAAGGAAGUUCAAUAAGGUUAUUGAUGAAAAACCAGCAGACAAAAUAAAAAUGGCCGAUCCUUUCUUUAUAACAACAACAGGAGAAAGUUACAUGUCAGUUGUUGAACCGAGACAACCAGAUGAAGUGAAAGAAGUACAUAAACAAGGGAAUAGAAAAUAUAGGAGAGCUGUUAUGUUUGGAAAUGUACCAAUUCCUCGGAGAAAUGAUUUUAAACAAGAUAAUAGGAAAUUUAAAGAUCUAUCUAACACAAAUGAUCGCUUUAGUAAUAAUAGUUUUAAGAAUAAUAAGAAAUUUAGUUAUGAUGAUAGACAGGAAAUUGAAAAAGUUGAAAAAUUACAUCCUUCAUGGGAGGCAAAGAAAAGAAAAUCAGGUAUUUUACCUUUUGAAGGUAAAAAAAUUGUUUUUGACGAUGGAGAAUUAUGAUGAUGCUAAUAAAAUUAUUUU